AUGCUCUCAGCCGCCCGUCUGGCUGUUACACUAGUGCUAUGUCUCUCUGUAGCUAAUGUCUCAGCAUCUUCCUCUCGUGUGGUGCAUGAAUCUAGAAGUGGUAUUCCUUCGGGCUGGGUGCCUGUCCGACGAGCAGAGGCCAAUAGCGUUCUUCCUCUUCGUAUCGGUCUGGCGCAACCCAAUCUUGAAAAUAUGGAGGCCUACAUCAUGGACGUGUCCCAUCCGGAAUCGCCUAACUUUGGCAAGCAUUGGAGUCCUGCAAAAGUGGCCCAUAUUUUCCGACCUACCGAAGUGGCCAUGGACACUGUGCGAAAGUGGCUUUUCGAGAGCGGAAUCGAGGAGCAUCGCGUGAAGCUCAGUCCGAGCGGCGGAUGGAUGCUGGCAAACGUGACUGUCGAGGAGGCGGAACAGCUUCUUGGGACAGAAUAUUACGUUUACCAACACGAUGAAGCCGAGACUGAACAUAUUGCUUGUGCAGACAGGUAUCACCUGCCAGAAGAUGUCUCCAAGCAUGUCGAAAUCAUAACCCCUACCUUGCAUUUCGAUCUAAAGCUCAAGCGCCGUGCCCCGACUCUUAACAAGCGGAACCAACCUUCUGGCAGUGCACGCCUCGUCGGUCAACCAGGCUUUGGCCCGAGCUUCCCUAAGACAACUGGUUCCGCUGAGAAAUUGUUCACCGGGAUUGCGGACUGUGAUGAACAGAUUACCCCCGAUUGUCUACGUGCUCUUUACGAUUUCGACUACGAUCCCCUCGUACCGGAGAAGAACUCUAUUGCUAUUGUCGAGUAUACUCCCCAAGCAUAUGUUCCCAGUGAUCUUGAUAUGUUCUUCGCCAAUUUCUCGAAGGGGCAGGUUGGCGAGAGGCCAGACAUGGUCAGCAUUGACGGGGGCUUCAUACAAAGCAACCAGACGGGGUUCGAUUACAAUGGCGAAUCAAAUCUGGACCUGGAGUAUUCCAUGACACUGGUGGGGCCUAAGCAGACUGUUACUCUCUACCAGACCGGAGAUGAUGUCGAAGGUGCUUCGUUCAACAAUCUGCUUGAUGCCCUUGAUGCAUCUUAUUGUACCUUCGAAGGGGGUGACGACCCCUCCGAGGAUGGAAUUUACCCUGACCCCUACGGUGGAUAUCAAGGACCGGAAGCCUGUGGUACCGUGAAGCCAGCUUAUGUCAUCUCGACCUCAUAUUCAUCCAACGAAGCUGACAUGACGCCAUUCUACAUGGAAAGACAGUGUGCGGAGUACGCUAAGCUCGGUCUUAUGGGUAUUACUUUCCUGUAUUCAUCCGGAGAUUUUGGCGUUGCAGGCUAUGACAACUACUGUCUUGAGCCGAAUGGUACCCAGGCAAUCGGCGCGCCCAUCUUUAAUCCUACAUUCCCUUCAACAUGUCCUUAUGUGACUAGCGUUGGUGCUACGCAGGUCAACCCGAACUCUACUGUUUGGGAGCCGGAAAGUGCUGCAGACCAGGUCAUCUAUUCUAGCGGCGGUUUCUCAAACGUGUUCCCGAUUCCUGAAUAUCAGAAGUCAGCCGUUGAGAACUAUCUGGCGAAGUAUCCACCCCCGUAUCCGUCGUACAUAUACAAUUCAACCGGCAACUCACGUGCAUUCCCUGAUCUCUCCGCUAACGGCGUAAAUUACAUGAUUACAGUACAAGGAGAAUGGGUAUAUGUCUACGGGACAUCAUGCUCUUCUCCCGUCACUGCAGCAAUGCUUUCCGCUGUCAACGAUGCCCGCCUCGCCGUAGGGAAGAGCACGAUCGGAUUCAUCAACCCUACUAUUUACACGCCCACCUUUAUGGCGGCGUUCCAUGACAUCACUACUGGAUCUAACCCAGGAUGCGAUACCGAGGGAUUCUACGCACAGCCAGGUUGGGACCCUGUCACUGGUGUCGGCACGCCCAACUUUGCAAAGCUUAGGGACGAAUGGCUUGCUUUGCCUUGA